AUGAGUAUGGCUCAGACAAACGUUACUGAUGAUGAAAACCAGAAAACAUUCGUAGAACUGUUCUGCUCGGCGGAGUUUAUUAGAGGUGUAGAUAGCGAGCUUAUCUUUCUCUCAGCCAUAAAUAUUUUUCUUUCCAUUACUGCGUUUCUGGGGAACACUCUGAUCCUAGUUGCUCUACACAAGGAAACCUCACUUCGCCCGUCUUCCAAACUCCUGUAUCGUAACCUAGCGUUAACUGAUCUCUGUGUUGGUAUCAUUGUGGAGCCUUUGUAUGUGACAAAUUGGACUUCUGUCGUGAAAGAGAGAUGGGAUAUUUGCUAUUAUUCACUUCGGACAGCAGCUUUCUCAGGUUAUACUUUGUGUGUAGUGUCUGCAUUAACAUUGACGGCAAUAAGCGUGGACAGACUUCUCGCCUUGUUGCUGGAGCUCAGAUACAGACAAGUUGUAACUUUGAGAAGAACGAGUAUAACUGUGAUAGGUUUUUGGAUUUUGUCCAUCGUUGGUGCAUCUACUAUUAUUUGGAAUCUAAUUAUUUUCACAUGGUAUCAAUUCAUAGUUGCAGCUUUGUGUCCAGUCACCACAAUCUUCGCUUACACAAAAAUUUUCUGUACUCUGCGUCAUAAUCAAAUACAUGUUCAGAACCAUGUUGCUCAAGCACAACCGAGCCAAGCAAUUCCACUCAACAUAGCUCGAUACAGAAAGGCAGUGUACAGUACACUGUGGGUGCAGGGAACAAUGGUUGUUUGUUAUCUGCCGUUUACAAUAGCGCUCGCUUUGAUGCCUCAAAGAGGGAUAGGGAUACCUAUAUCCGCAUAUCGUACUUGGCAUUUUACAGCUACUUUAGUUUACUUAAACUCGUCUUUAAAUCCCUUGCUGUACUGUUGGAAGAUCAGUGAAGUAAGACAAGCUGUGAAAGAAACAUUAAGGCAACUCUUCUGUAGAUCGAGUUAGUUUAUUAUGCUUUUCAGCUGAAAAAUCAUACUGAUAAAUAACUACAAGUACCGAUCGUUUCCUUUGUUCAUGUCUUAUCAACUGCCGUUUAAUUAGUCGAGCUUGCUUUAGCAGAGCGAGAAUCUAACACUUCAGCCGUUUUUUUUUUUACCGUCGGUCUUCCCCAAAUGGUCGGCCAUGGUCCCAGAGGUUCCUAGCGGAGACCGAGGAAACUGGGGAUAACAAUCGUGACGACUUCCGUUGUAAUAAUAAUAAUAAUAAUAAUAAUAAUAAUAAUAAUAAUAAUAAUAAUAAUAAUAAUUAUUAUUAUUAUUAUUAUUAUUAUUAUUAUUAUUAUCAUUAUUAUUAUUAAUAAUAAAUAAUAGUUUUAUUCAACUUUAAAAAAUAUGUACAUAAUUUAAAGAAAUAUUUGGAGUAAGAAUUAAGCACUAUAUAACAUUAACAACGGCAGACGUUUCUCCUCGCUCGUCGCCGCUGAGGGACGUUUCGCAAGGAGGAACGUCUGCGACUCAGCGACAGAAAUUCCAUACUGAUGACGUAAAUCAAUGUUUACAUAAUAAAUCCGUUAGUCAUGGGGUUUCAAAUGCAAAUUUGUUCAAUUUUACAUUUCUCCUGGUCGAUUUUGGUAAACUGAUCAUCUGCGAAUGAGCCCCACCUAAACUCAAAUGCUUCUUCAAGAGAAGACUAUAUUCCACAAAUAUUGGCUGUUUUGUUAGAGAUUCAUCGCGUUUACAUUUGACCUUUGUGGCCUUUUGUCUUUUGUCUGUCAUUCGUAAACAAUGGCUAAAACAAUGAAAUUAUUCCGUCGACCAAUUAGCGCUUCUGACCGGAUUCCGGACAGAUUUUGCGUCAUCAGUAUGGAAUUUCUGUCGAUGAGUCGCAGACGUUCCUCCUGGCUAAACGUCCCUCUGCGGCGAUGAGCGAGGAGAAACGUCUGUCGCUCGCAGGCUAUAUAAAUUGAUAAAAAUAGCAAUCACUGUGUCAAUAACGAUUUCACAAAUACAUUCCUUGCAGCUCAGAUGCGGUCACUAGCUCUUACAGGCAGUCCAGAGUUUUAAAUUAAGUCAUUACCAAUCCGUCUCUGAUAUCAAAAGGAAAAACAAGUUAAAAAGAAUAAAAAACUAAUAAUAAUAAUAAUAUUCAUAAACCAAUCUUUAUUUAAGUAUCAGAAUAAUAAGUAAGAUUUACAAUUUUAAACUACAUCGUAUGGUUUACAAAUUAAAAACUAAAUAUACGUCCACGAUAGAAAAACUAUUUACAAUUGUGAAUAAUUUAAAAGUGGGAAAAGGAAAAUUAAGCAUUACUAAGAAAAAAACUAUCAAAAAUCUAUAUAGGCCUAAAAUUAUGAGUGCAGAUGUAGACCAGCUACAGCGAAAGUGAAGUCUUCUGAGACCUCACGCGAUUUGGAUGGAUAUCUAGAACCUCUGACGCAUCUGUGUACAGUUGUUAAUAUAGCAAAUGAGAGCUGUAUUCGAAGCCAGGAAAUAACGCUGGCGUAGGAUUCAUUGUUCUUAGUCGAAAGCUUAUUUGAAAGAGUUCCUAAAAAGUUCUGAGAGUCGACAGUCAUUGCUUUUAUUGCGCAUUUUAACAUUGAAAAAUAUGAUCAAAUGCGCAUAACUCUCGAAUCUCUAUAUACUAAAGUUUAAUCAUUUGUUACAUUUCCUUCCUAAUAGGUAAUUUAGCAUAACUCAUAACAAUUAAGAAGUAGAAAGAGAAGAUAAAAGUAGAAAAUAAAAACCUUAGAUAGCUCCAGACAGGUCGCAUUAGGCCUCUAUAAAAUAGAGCGUCUUAAUGAGUCUCUUAAACAUAUCCAAAAUCAUGCUCUUUCCUAAUAUAGUCCGGUAAACCGUUCCAUAUCUUUGGAGCAGCUGCAGUAAAUGAUCUCUGUCCCUAAGAGUGCAUUUGAAACUUAGCGGUAGGGUCUUGCAAAAUAACGCCCGCAUUACUCCGCAGGCUAUAGCGGAAACAUCGUUUAAUAUUUAUGAGAUUGCUUAAAUACGCAGGCCCCAGAUUGUGAAUAGCCUUGAAAGAGAUCACGGCGAUUUUAUAGCAAAUUCGGAACUUCACCAGUAACCAAUGCAGUGCAAGCAGUACUGGGUUAAUAUGACCGUACCUGGGUGUAUCGGUGAUAAGUCGCGCUGCGGAAUUCUGAAUCGAAGACGUUGCAAUUUGGAAAGAUGCACAGCUGGUACACCAUAGAGAAGACCGUUGCAGUAAUAAAUGCAUGCAAUGAUCACGCCUUGUACCAGCCGUUUGGUGGAAGCAGGCGUCAAGAACGUCCUGAUUAUUAUGCAGGUGAUAAUGGAUUGAUUGACAAGUCGCGAAACCCGGGGUCGGAACACGUCCGUGUUUUAGACCUCGGAAUCAUUGCUAAUCAUUCCUAGCCUGCGUAGCAGGCGCUUGCAAGUAGUGGGCGAAAGAAAGAAAGGGCGCGCGCGAGGGAGACACGCGAGGGGUGAGGGAGCAGUGAAAUGGCAGCCGUAAUUAAACGUGUCAGGCGGAUUGAUUGGACUCCCUGUCCUAAAAGUAGCGCGUGGGAAGAACUGAUACAGAGAUCAAUACACGUGUUAUAACCCAACCUAACUUUAAGGUUUUUUUCUGUCUAUUUGAAGCUUUUAGUUGUAACCAAACAAAGACAUCUCCUGAGAGUGCAACAAUUCGGGAAAACUGGAAGAACUAAGAAUUAAGUCACCAUGCGCUUUGAAGAUUAGUUUACACAACAUAGAUAUGGGGAAAAACUAGUAAAAUAAAUAUUGAUAUGGAAAGCACGUAAUUACGAGAAUGGUUUGCGAGUAAAUCCAAUGCAGUGAAAUGGCAGACAGCGCACAAAUUUUUAUAUACCCUAAUACUAGCCGAGGUAGGUUUCUUUCAGGUAUCGUUUUCAGCAUUAAAGAAGUUUUUCACUUUGUCGCCUCCCAUAACGGACACAAAAAUUAAAACCAUAGUUGUUCAAGUUGGUCAAUAACGCAUAUAACACUCGCCUGUAAUGUACACUAAGUUGUCAUACCUCAAGCUUGAAAUGGACAGGUAACAUGAAAAGUCAUUAAAAUCACUGAUCAGUCCAGUUCAUUUCACCUGAGCCUGGCACAGGGCACAUCAUAGUUCGAAGUUAGCUUGAACAACUAAAAAACUUUUCUGAACUCUCGGCACCGUAUCAGCCCGACGAAGACGUGCUACUGUUUUCUGACUGACUGCAGCUUUUGCAAACAACUGACAGAAACACAAAGCUUUAAAGAACCAGACUAGAAUUACCGCGUAUUCAGCCUUGAGUUACACUCUUUUUUUAUAAGAAUGUUGUUUUCCCUGGCCAGGCUGAAUAUUCUCAUUUUCCCACCGAUUUUAGGCUGUAAAUGUUCUUGUACUAUUCUUAACAAUAGCUUAUGACAUUUCCGUUUUAGAAUACAUUGGGGUAUCAAUUAUAGCUUUGUUAAAUAUAAUUAGCUAGUUUUGCCUUUUAAAGAAAGGAAUAAAUUGAAAACGUAUAUUUGUGUUGUAUUUACAGUUUUUCACCACACAAAAUUAUAUCCUUUUCAAAAUUUCAGCCUAGGCCGGGUUUAUUCUUAAAGUAUUUCUUAAGAUUUCGCAAAUUUCAGCCUCGAUAUUCUUAUAAAAUAUAUCCUUAGAGAAAAAAGGAGUGUAUUUGCAUAUUGAAAAUGAUGUGCGAAUCUACAUCAAUAUCACUUUCCACUCAAUCUAAAAGAGCGAUACUAAAUAAAGCCCUCACGUACAUCUCGUUUCAUGACAGAGAAAUAUGGCACUGACAAACUUUACUGAAGAUGAAAACCAGAAAACAUUCAAAGAACUGGUCUGCUCGCCGGAGUUUUUUAGAGGUGUAGAUAGCGAGCUUAUCUUUCUCUCAGCAAUUAAUAUUUUUCUUUCCAUUACUGUAUUUCUGGGGAACACUCUGAUCCUAGUUGCUCUACACAAGGAAACUUCACUUCAUCCGCCGUCCAAACUCCUGUAUCGUAACCUAGCGAUAACUGAUCUCUGUGUUGGUAUCAUUGUGGAGCCUUUGUAUGUGACAAAUUGGACUUCUGUCUUGAAAGAAAGAUGGGAUAUUUGCUAUUAUUCUUUUCGGACAGCAGCUUUCUCGGGUUAUACUUUGUGUGCAGUAUCUUUAUUAACGGUGACUGCAAUAAGCGUGGACAGACUUCUCGCCUUGUUGCUGGGGCUCAGAUACAGACAAGUUGUAACUUUGAGAAGAACGAGUAUAACUGUGAUAGGUUUUUGGAUUUUGUCCAUCGUUGGUGCAUCUACUAUUAUUUGGAAUCUAUUUAUAACCACAUGGUAUCAAUACAUAGUUGCAGGAUUGUGUCUAGUCACUAUAAUCUUCGCUUACACAAAAAUUUUCUGUACUCUGCGUCAUAACCAAAUUCAUUUUCAGAACCAUGUUGCUCAAGGACAACCGAGACAAGCAAUUCCACUGAACAUAGCUCGAUACAGAAAGGCAGUGUACAGUGCACUGUGGGUACAGGGAACAAUGGUUGUUUGUUAUCUGCCGUUUACUAUAGCGGUCGCUUUGAUGCCUCAAAGAGGGAUACCUAUAUCCGCAUAUCGUGCUUGGCAUUUUACGGCUACUUUAGUUUACGUAAACUCGUCUUUAAAUCCCUUGCUGUACUGUUGGAAGAUCAGUGAAGUAAGAGAAGCUGUAAAAGAAACAUUAAGGCAACUCUUCUGUCGAUCGAGUUAG